GUCUCACCAAUGUUUACAAGUGGACAGCCUAAUCAGCCUCCCACGUGUCAUCAUCACAUCAAAUCAAAACCUUCUAAUUUUGUUAUUGUAGUUAUUGCUGUUAUUGGCUAUAAAAUAACCGCUCUCUCUGCCAAAGAAACUGAAAUCAACCGUCCUCUGCUCACUCGCUAGUAACGCAUAGGCAAAACUCUCUCUCUCUCUCUGUGUCUUUUCUGCUGAACCCAUUUCGACUAAAUCAACGCUGGUUCUUGAAGAAGAUUUGGAACUUGGAGUUAUGUUUGUCAAGAAGCUUGUGGAGAAGGCUUCAAUAAAGAAGCCUGGAGGGGCUUCUGAUGGCUUGAAACCCAGUGAUGUAGAACCACGAUUGGUAUUCCAUUAUGGGAUACCACAUGGAGCAACGAAGUUUGCAUAUGACACCAUUCAAAAGAUACUUGCCAUCUCUACGCAAGAUGGAAGAAUCAAAUUGUUUGGAAGAGAUAACACUCAAGCUCUGCUUGAAUCUCCUGAGGCAGUACCAAGCAAGUUUUUACAGUUCAUUCAAAACAAAGGGAUCCUUGUAAAUGUAACAUCCAAGAACCAAAUUGAGGUUUGGGAUUUAGACAGCAAAGUGUUGUCUAAUGUACAUGUAUUUAAAGAAGACAUCACCUCAUUUACAGUUAUGCAAAGUAAUCUGUACAUUUACGUUGGAGAUUAUCUUGGUAAUGUCAAGGUUUUGAAGCUUGAUCAAGAAUCAUGUCACUUUGAACUAAUGAAAUACACCAUACCCCUAUCUGCUUCUCACGGGAGUCCAGCUGAAGUUUCUGGUGAUACUGCUGUAUUGCACACACUGCCCCAACCAGCUGCUGAAAGCAAGAGAGUUCUUAUAGUAUUUAGAGAUGGCCUGCUUGCAUUGUGGGAUAUUCGAGAGAGUAAAUCCAUCUUCACAACAGGUGGAGGUUUGCUGCAAUCACAACAUCACGAAAUGAAGAAAGUAACCUCUGCAUGCUGGGCAUGCCCUUUUGCAAGUAAAGUUGCUGUUGGGUACAGUAAUGGAGAGAUUUUUAUCUGGAGCAUCCCAGCUAUCACAAAUUCAAGAACCGAGUUAAACUUAGAUAGGGCCACACAAAAUGCUCCUAUAUUGAAACUUAAUCUUGGAUAUAAGGUGGAUAAGAUUCCUAUAGCAUUAUUGAAAUGGCUUUAUGCAGAUGGGAAGGCAAGUCGACUCUAUGUUAUGGGUGCCUCUGACCUUGCAUCUACAAACAAUUUGCAGGUAGUCUUAUUGAACGAGCAUAUUGAAACUCGCAUGAUCAAGUUGGGGCUUUAUUUGCCUGAGCCCUGUAUUGACAUCGAGAUCAUUUCUAGCUCGUUUGAUCAAAGCAAGCAUAAACAGGAUAUUCUUGUCCUGAUUGGAAAAUCAGGGCACAUUUAUGUCUACGAUGAUUGUUUGAUUGAGAAGUAUCUUCUACAAUCCCAAUCCAAAAGUUCACCCUCACUGCCAAAGGAGGUCAUGGUGAAGAUGCCAUUUGCUGACUCAAGCAUCACUGUGGCAAAGUUCAUCACAAAUACCCCAAAUUUGUUGACUUAUGGAGAUGAGGAUUACAUUCGGUUGGCUAAAAACAUUCCAUCACCUUUUCCUUUUGAGCCAAGACCCAAGGAUGGCACUCAUUCAUUCCAGUUUAAUGGAUUUACAAAGGUUAAAAACCUGUACAUAACUGGACACAGUGAUGGAGCCAUAAAUUUUUGGGAUGUGUCUUGUCCAUUUCCCAUCCCAAUGCUAUCACUUAAGCAACAGAGCGAAGAUGAUUUUUCUUUAAGUGGUAUAGCACUGACAACAUUGUAUUUUCACACCGAUUCCCGACUUCUUAUCUCAGGGGAUCAGAGUGGAAUGGUUCGCAUCUUUAAAUUUAAACCUGAGCCAUAUGCUGAGAACAGUUUUAUGUCUUUCCAAGGAAGUUUGAAAAAGGGAAGCAAUUACGUCCAUAGUGUUAAACUUAUGAAAGUGAAUGGUUCUGUGCUAUCUAUCAACAUAAGCCCAAGCUUGGUACAUCUUGCUGUUGGGUCUGAUCAAGGAUAUGUUUCAGUUUUUGAUAUUGAAGGGCCAACACUACUAUAUCAAGAACACAUUGCAAGUGAAAUAUCCACUGGCAUCAUCUCUCUGCAGUUUGAUACCUGCUUUCUUCAUGGAUUUGAGAAAAAUAUUUUAGUAGUGGCGACAAAGGAUUCUUCAGUUUUGGCACUUGAUGCUGACACUGGUAACUUGCUGAGUUCCAGUAGUGUUCAUCCAAAGAAACCUUAUAGAGCUCUAUUUAUGCAGAUUCUAGAUGGGCAGGACAUGUUAGCUAGAGGAUCUAAAAUGUCAAAUAAUCAAGACCCUAGUAAAAGAAAAUCUGAUGAGGAUGGACCAAAGCAGUCUUCCCUGCUGAUAUGCUCUGAGAAAGCAGUGUAUGUCUAUUCAUUAAAUCAUGUUGCUCAGGGUAUCAAGAAGGUUCUUUACAAGAAGAAGUUCCAAUCUUCUUCUUGUUGCUGGGCUUCAACAUUCUGUGGUGCAUCUGAUGCUGGCCUUGCACUUCUUCUCUCAACUGGAAAAAUUGAAAUAAGAUCCCUGCCAGAGCUGUCGUUGAUAAGAGAAUCUUCAAUCAGAGGUUUCACAUAUUCUGCACCAAAGCUGAACUCUUUCUCUGCCAGAUCGAUAUGCUGUUCAUGGGAUGGGGAACUUAUUAUGAUGAAUGGUGAUCAGGAAAUGUUUAUCGUGUCUGUGUUGUUUCAAAAGGAAAACUUCAGGCCUGUUGAUUUUGUCAGUCAAGUCUACAGAAAAGAACUGAUGUUUUCACAAGAAGGGCUUCCCACUGGAUCUAUCAUCCAAAAGGAAAAGAAAAGGGGAAUAUUUAGUUCAGUAAUGAAAGGAAGUAAGCCAAAGCAAGUUCCUGAGGUGGAAACUGAGGAUACGAGAGAAAGUAUUGAAGAACUCUCAAAAAUCUUUUCAACUGUCAACUUUGAGUGUCAUCAUGAUGAGAAUAAAGAUAGCAUGGCUAUGGAUGAUGAUGGGAUUGACUUGGACAUAGAUGACAUCGAUCUAGACGAUCCUGUAGAGAAAACCAAAGAUCAGAACCUGUUGGCAGCUCUUAACAAGAAGAAAUUGGCGAGCAAGUUUCAGGCUUUUACAGGUAGAAUAAAACAGAUGAAUGUUAAGAAUGAGAAAAAUAUCAAGGAAGAGGUAAAGGAUGAGAAGACUGGUGCAGUCGAUCAAAUCAAGAAGAAAUAUGGCUUUUCUUUGUCUGGUGAAUCAAGUGCUGCUAAAAUAGCCCAAAACAAGUUGCAUGAGAAUAUAAGAAAGUUGCAGGGAAUCAAUCUAAGAGCUACUGAAAUGCAAGAAACAGCCAGUUCAUUCUCUGCAAUGGCAAAAGAGGUCCUGCGAAUUUCAGAAAAGGAUAAACAAAGCUCAUAAACCGUCUCGGAUUGUUUGCAAGAAGUAUAUAACAAUACACAUCCAUUGCUUUGUUUCUUUUUUCCUUCAUUUCUUCCAACCUUUUCGGUUCUGUAUAUUCAACUCUAUAGUUUGCAGUGUUUUGAAGGUAUUGAUUUGAACAGUUGUGUAAAGGGGUUCUGUUCUGAUUCCAAUAUAAGCACUUUGUAAAA